AUGUCUCCACAAAGUAUUUCUACAAGAACCUCAUUUUCUUCGUUUAUAUCAAAUAAUGAUAGCAUUCCACAAAGGAAUAAUUCAAAAUCAUUAUUUUCUUCUUCUACUUAUCUAAAAAUUAAAUUAAUGGAGCCAGCACUUUUUCUACGUGGAAAUCCUCAAGAAUCAUUAGGUUGCUUUUUAAGGGGCGAACUAAUAUUAAUUUUAGACAAACCCACCAAAAUAAAAAAAUUAGAUUUGAAAUUUAACGGUAAAUUGAAAACUUUUUGGCCAGAGGGUAGAGUCUAUUAUGGACAACAAUUAAAUUCACGUUUAAAUAUCAUUCGAAAAUUAUCUUCAAAAUGUUAUACCAUUCUUCAACCUAACAUUUACACCUUUCCUUUUGAACUGUUUAUACCCGGUGAUUCGCCAGAAACAAUAGAUACUGAAUUAGCAAGUGUCUCUUAUAAAUUGAGCGCGACACUCUUUAGACCAGGGUUAUUGCCAAAUAUACAUGUGACACAACAAGUGCCCAUAAUGCGUGCUUCUAUAUCCGAAGAAAUGAAUUCCGAAGGUAUUGUCACUUCUAGUGAUUGGAAAAAUUUAUUUGGUUACGAAAUCAUGAUACCGAAAAAAGUAUACUCCAUUGGUCAGCCCAUAGAAAUGCAUUUGAAAUUAAUACCAAAAGUUAAACAUUUAGAUUUUGUCGAGUUAAAGGUACAAUUGACAGAAACUUGUAUUCGCAGAUCAAAAGGCCACACGAAUCAAGAUUCAAAAGUUUUAAAAACUCUGAAGAUUGAAAAUUUAGAUAAAGUGAUCAACGAUAAUAAAUUUAUUUAUCAUAAAAAUAUUUCAUUUAUUUUACCAAAACCUUCAAAAAAAAUUCAUUCGUCAUGCGAGACAACUUCAAUCUCAAUAAUACACAAUUUGAAAUUCAUCUACACAAUAAAAGUUCCUUCCAACUUUAAUAUUGACGAUGAUCAUUACCAGAUUUUGGAAUAG